AUAUGGCAAGUUUGUAUUUUCUGAACGAGAGACUCUUAUAACUCUAGCAAAAAAAUGCGAUGCGCAAGUCAUUAUUUAUGAAGAAACAUUGGAAGGAUAUCAACUUUAUAUAGUUGAACAAUGGGUUUGUGAUAGAAAACCAUAUAACACUGUUACUGUUUUUACAGGUGACCCAACUCAUAAGAUCAAAGUAUGUGUUAUACUCAUCGAAGAAGAAAAAUUUCAAAUAUAUCCAAGAGAAAUUGAAAUUUUGUUUUCUAGUCUGGAAGAAGACAUGACUCGGUUAAAAGACACUAAACUAGGAACAAUAUUUGUGACAAAUUUAAGUACUUUUCCUUCGUCAUUAAGUACCAUUUUGGUUACCGAAGGAGAUUACAAUGCACAUUACCCACAGUUCCGCCUAAACUUAAAUUUACGUAGAAUUGGUUGUAGCGGUAAAACUGCCUUGUCUUUAAAACCUCAAACCGAAGUACAAAAACAGAAAUUUUUUCAAUUAUAUUCUGUACCUGAAAAAAUACCUGAAAAAAUAUUUGAGUCUGCUGUACUUCAAUUAGUGAAAUAUGUUCAAGUUGCUUUACACUUGAUUUUUGAUUUCCCUCAAAUUUAUAUUGAUGGAUUAUUAUGCAACAUUACUGAAUCUUAUCUUAAAGAAUUUAAGAAUGAGCAUGCUCGUAAUUUCGAUACUCUAGAAAAUAUCUUUGAACCAAAUCUGGUUGCCGAAAUUUUAAGAAUGGUGUUAAGCAUUCGAAAUAAACUUAAUUAUUUAAAUUAUCAGGUUGGAAAAGAUCCAUUCGUGGAUACUGAUACUUUUAUAAAUGGUGUUGUUUCUUUUCAGAAAUCGGCGAAAAUAGAACCGAUAUCUCGUAAACUAGAUUCUGGAAUUAUAAAAAAAAUUAAUGACUUAUAUAAUAAAUCAAGAAAUCCUGAUGGGCUAAAAAUGCGCAAGGUCAUAAAUCAAUUUGAAAAGAAUUUACCUGGUAUAUCAAGUCACUUAAAUACAUCGAAUGAUAUUGAGACGUAUAAUUUAGAAGAAUUCUGGAAAAACGAAGGGUCAAGGUUGUUAUGGAAGGGUAAAGAUGAAUCUGUAGAAAUGGAUUUAUUUCAUGGUGGAAAGGAAUUAGGAAAAAGCUUUCUUCGUGGUGUUUCAGGAAGAACGGCAAAAACCGGUGAGGUUAUCAGAGAGGGUGUGCGAGGACUUAAAGAAGGUGUCACAGAGUCUUUAUCUAGUUUAGUGGACCGAGGUGGAAUAUCAAGGGAAAAAGAAAAAUCACUAACUGGAACUACAAAAUCGUUAACAUUUCCAUUGGAUUCGACUACUCAUCCCGAACCAUCCUUAUCAAAUGAUCUUGAAUUAUAUGUCAAGUCAAAAUCGUCUACACGAAGUUUACCACAAACGGUAUCUGAUGUAGCAUUUUUUAACAAUUCGGCACAUAGUAGCUCCGAGUUUAUCGCGAGUACAGCUGAUCAACAAGUAACAGAUUCAAGUUUCUCCGAUGAUGGAUCAUCCUACGAUAGUGAUACUGAAAACUCAUGGUACCAACGAAGGCGAUCAUAUUCUUUUAAUGCAUACGAUGACAUUAAAUUACGAGAAUUACCAAUAUAUCAUCACAAGAGAGCAAAAUCUUUUACAACAGUGGAUUUUGCUCAAAAACAAGGUGCUCGCUCAUUACAUAGGCGAAAAUUCGAGAUUGACAUUCAAACAUAUACGAUUUAUGAGAGUCUUAGAGACCGAGAAGCAAAUUUAGAUGAACUGAUUAAACAUUUAAUGUCAACUGCUAAAAAAUACGAUGACCAACUUGAGAAAUUAUCUAAUGCUUAUGAAGAAAGAUAUCAAAAAUUCAAGUCAACGGAAGAAUAUAGUUCGAAAAUACUAUCAAAACAAAAAAAAGUAGCUGAAACAGUAAAGAAAAUUGAAACUGAUGGAGGAAAAUUAAAUUAUGAAUUAGGUGUAUUAGAAGAUAAAUUAAAGGAAAUCGAUGAGUUUAUCGAACAAUUUUGUUUUAAGGUUCAAGUAAUGGAAUCCAAAUUACCACAUUCAUCAAGAUCAGUAAAGGCCUUAUUUAAUGUUUGGAACUACCUUCAGGAGCAAUGGAAUUUAAUUACUUCACGUUUAUAUAAAAGAAAAUUAGAAAAGGAUGAAUAA